UAUCCAAGCAUGUACGGUGGGUGCUACGAUCUGUCACCGGCAGAAUAUACGUUCCAACAAAACAUAAUCAAAUAAUUUAAUUAGUAACAAUGAGCAGGCCGGCUAAAAUAAGAAAGCUAGAUGAAACUGUGGUGAACAGAAUAGCCGCCGGGGAAGUUAUUCAGCGACCAGCAAACGCUCUGAAAGAACUGAUCGAAAACAGCCUCGACGCCAAGGCCAGCAGUAUUCAAGUCACAGUCAAAGAAGGCGGGUUGAAAAUACUUCAGAUUCAGGACAAUGGAACGGGGAUCAGGAAAGAGGACAUGGACAUUGUCUGCGAACGAUUUACUACCAGCAAACUACAGCAAUUCGAAGACCUCAAAUCAAUCGCCACCUUUGGCUUCAGGGGUGAAGCUCUUGCCAGUAUCAGUCACGUAGCUCAGCUGACGAUCACAACGAAAGUCGCCGACGACCCCUGUGCGUACAAGGCCUCGUACAUAGACAGUAAAUUGAAAGCACCUCCAAAACCUUGCGCUGGUAGCCAAGGUACGACAAUAUUGAUCGAAAAUCUGUUUUACAACGUCCCUACUAGACGGAGAGCAUUGAAAAGUCCAGCCGAGGAGCUUUCCAGGAUAACAGAAGUCGUGAAUAAAUAUGCAAUUCAUAAUUCUAACGUUGGUUUUGUUCUGAGAAAACAUGGGGACAUCGUUCCUCAGGUACGAACUCAGCACAAUUCUACAAAGGUUGCCAAUAUCCAAACGAUAUUCGGUGUUGCUGUGGCGAGGGAGUUGCUGGAGGUCGAGCACACCGACGAUACGUACAAAUUCAAACUAUGCGGUCUAGUAACGAACGCGAAUUACUCAAACAAAAACUUUACACUUCUGUUGUUCAUCAACAACAGGCUCGUCGAAUCUACCCCAAUAAAAAAAAUGUUAGAGGAUCUCUACUCGGUUUAUUUGCCGAGAAAGGCCCACCCCUGGUGCUACAUAUCUCUUGAGAUAAAUCCGGCUAAUAUCGACGUGAACGUGCAUCCGACGAAGCACGAGGUUCGUUUUCUCCAUGAAGAGGCUAUAAUAGGAAAAGUGAAAGACGCCGUGGACGCACAACUGCUCGGAAACAACGCAUCGCGAACUUUUUACGCCCAAGCGAGAUUGCCUCAAGUCGACAUUACGAAACAAGCGCUGGAAGAAGUAAUUCCAGAGUACAGCAAUGCCGGGAACAAAGAAAAGCCAGUCCACGCUUACCAAAUGAUCAGAACAGAUUCCUCCGAUCAAAAACUGGAGAAGUUCAAUUUCACAGUCAACACAUCCAGCGCCAACCAAUCGCUCAAUGAAUCCAAGGAGGUAAAAAGCACUAUUGUUACGGAAUGUAAGGAAGAGGGACAACCGAAGCGAUUAAAUCCGACGAAAUGUGCUGCGGAAAAGGCCCCCAACGAAUCGAGUUUUUUCGAAAGUUUGUUAGAGGAUUGCUUACCGCAUCAAACCUCUACGCAAGUUGAAAAUCUUGCUAAACCUUCAACCAGUUACGCGCCCCUCGACGGUAACACAAAAGCUCAGGACGUCUCGGAGAUCGAAAAUGACGAGGUUGAAAAAGCCGUCAGUGGCGGCGAUUCUACCACCGAUGAGGCACUUAAGAGGGUUUUUCAGUACCUGGGUAAUCGGGAUAACAUAGAUUACGUAAAGACAAUCGUCGAGCCAGGAAGCAGCCAGGAUUUAGCCGAUCGACAUGACGGUUCCAAAACGAAGAAGACUGAUUCGCAAAUUACGUCGCCGAGUAAAAAUGCGACGGGUGAAACAACGUCCGGCAGCAAGCCGAAGAAACCAGAGUUCAAAUCUUACUCGGUAAAUGCGACAAGGCGAGAGGUGAAGCUCACGAGCGUGUUGAAACUUCGGAAAAAUGUCGAAGACAACUACCACGAAGGGCUGAGGGACAUAUUGUCGAAUAUGAUUUUUGUUGGCUGCGUUGACGAAACUUUUGCCCUCAUACAGAGCGGACUCAAUCUGUACAUAUGCAAUACCCCGAAGUUAUUGGAAGAACUUUUCUACGAAAUAAUGCUGUACGACUUUGAGAAUUACGGUGUUAUGCAAUUCUCGGAGCCCGUCUCACUGUCCGACCUCGCUAUGCUAGGACUCGAAACCGAGGAAGCCGGGUGGACAGAAGAAGACGGCGAGAAAGAGGAAUUGGCGAAUAGCGUGAAAGAAUUAUUGCUGGAAAAGGCAGAUAUGAUGAACGAGUACUUUUCGAUUAUAAUUGACAAAAAGGGGAUGUUGAAGUCCCUGCCUAUACUGCUGGACAAGUACUUUCCAAGCAAGGCUGGAAUGCCAUUGUACGUGUUGCGUUUGGCGACGGAAGUCGACUGGAACGCGGAACAAUCUUGUUUCGAUGGAAUAUGCAGAGAAACGGCCAAGUACUUCAGCUAUGUAAGUCGAAAUGAUGAAAAUCCGGAGUGGCAAAACGUCACGGAACAUAUCUUAUACCCUGCCAUAAAAAACAGCCUCUUACCGCCAAAACACUUCGCCCACGAUUCCACUAUCUUGCAAAUAGCAAGGCUACCCGAUUUGUAUAGAGUCUUUGAAAGGUGCUGAUUUUCGCGAAGUAGUAUUUUACAUCUCUUGAGAUACAAAUAACAUGAUCAUUUUCGCAUACACGGUUAACUAGGCAACUAUUUCAAAGUUAAUUGUGCUUUUCGCUUUAUUGUGUUUUAAUUCACUUUAUACUUUUUUUUUUUUUUUUACAUUACACCGUUUUUGUACCUGGUUACGUACAGGGAUUUUAAUAUCACCUAUAUUUUGUGAUAAUGUCUAAUACCUCAGUAUAUUUAAAACUAGUAAGUACAGCAUCGUAUAUAAAAUAAUGGUAAUUUAUUUGAAAAUCAAAUCAAAUUCAUCUCUGAUUCAAGUUUUCUGUUCCGUAUUAUUCAUUUCUUGGUAAUCUAUUGUCUGAGACAGGCACCAUUAAUUCUGGAGCCCAUUUAAAACAAUGAAUUCUCAUCAUUUUGAAACAUGCAUUUUUACCGAAGGGAGAAUAAACAGAACUCAAAACUGAAUAACAAUAUUUCCCUUUUUUCUGAAACUGCAGAGAGCAGUUUGAAACUAAUUCCUGAGAAUUGAAUACACGAAGGGUUUAGAAACUGCUGCUCUUACACGAGGAAUACGCGGUAUUAACGGAUGGGAGUGUGACGAAAAAAAUAAAAUAUAUUUAAAUUAGUUAUACAUCACUAAUCACUCGUCUCUAUUGAAUGCAGUACACAGAAUAUUUUACAGUAGUUGAACAUUUCCAAUUUAUUCCUGACAGUAAUUAGGAAACAAAGAUGAUAAAAAGAGAAUUUUUAUUAGACAAAUUCGAUAGAACAAGAAAAUUAUUUCUAUGCAGCUUUAGAGCUUCGUUCUAAGCUACUAGACCUAAUACAAAACAC